GAUCUGCACAAUCUGCAUAAUUAGACUCGAAUCAAAUUAAUAUUGUGAUGGUCAACUACUGUCUGAGAGCCAUGGUGUCAAUGUGCUCGUGCAAGUCCUUGGAGAGAUUCCAUUAGGAUUUCUUUUAUGGGAUUUCUCAUCUCGAGAUCCGACCGCGACAAAACAUUGGCAGAACUGCCAACUCACCACAUGAAAAACAAUUACAAGUUCCAGACGAGGAUGGAGCUCUUCCUGUCUUCAUUUUUCUGCUAUAUAUAUAUAUAUGGCCUAAUUGAUGUUAGCCAGGACAACAAACAUCUAAUUAAACGUUGAGGAUUUCAAAACUGCUUUCUUUUGCCAAAAGAAAGAUCAACAUGUCUACCUCUAAUAAAUCCACUUUCCAUCUCCGUUCCAACAGUCUACCCUCCAAAAAUCAUCCUUUAACCGAAGGUGUUGAGGAGCAAUUGUCUAGGUUGAGAGAAUCAGAAGCAACUUCCUCAUCUGUAUCCUACAAAUUAAGUGCCCUCAAAGACUUACAUGAUAGUUUCGAUGAUUUGCUUCAUUUUCCCCUCAUCCAACAGGUUCUUUCCAAUGAACAUUACAGCAAAUGUAUAGAAGAAUCGCUAGAAAGAUCUAUUCGGUUAUUGGAUGUGUGUGGCACCACCACCAGGGACGUUUUCUCUCAAAUGAAGGAAUGCGUACAGGAGCUAGAAUCGUCCCUUCGAAGGAAAAGAUGUGGAGAAUCCAGCUGCUCGGAAAAUGAAGUUGGAGCAUAUAUGAUCUCGAGAAAGAGAUUGAACAAAGUAAUUUCCAAGUGUUUCAGAAAUCUGAAGAGAACAGAAAAGAAGAGCACAAGCAUACCAUCUGUGGACAAGGACUCGAACUUGUUUGCAGUAGUAAGCAUGAUAAAAGAGGUUGAAGAAAUCAGUCUCUUGGUGUUUGAGUCUCUCUUAUCUUUAAUUUGUCGACCGAAGGCAAGAACUACUGGAUGGUCUGCGGUUUCAAAAUUAUUGCAAUCCGGGCGUGUUUCAUGUGAAGGACAAGGUUGUGCAAAUGAAGUUGAAAAGAUGGAUUCUGAAUUGAUUUGUCUAAUUGGCAAGAAAUCCAACCAUGUAGAGGUGCAAACUGCAUUGAUGGGACUAAAGGAUUUGGAGUGCAGCAUUCAGGAAGUGGAGGAAGAAUUAGAGUGUGUUUUUAGGAGAUUACUAAAAGUCAGAGUUUCCCUCCUCAAUACACUCAAUCAUUAGUUUAUGUCCUCUUCAACAUCCUUAAUCUUGCCACAAUUUUGUAAUUAUUGAUUUUUUGUAGUUAUAGGUACAGACAGACAAUUAUAUCAAAAUCACUAUGAAUGCAUCGAAUCAUAAUACUUCUCAAAAUCA